UAAGACUUGCAUCUUAAAGAAUCAGGCUUGUGCAGUGAAUUCCGCUAGUCCUUCUACAAGGCCUGAAGUCUCCCCACUUGUCUGUUAUGCAGUGAACUCCGCUAGUCCUUUACAAGGCCCAGAGUCUCCACACAU